GAGCGAGCCCAUCUCUGAUGUUGCUCCGUUCUCUCUGCUUCAGGACAGCUGGUCGGAGAGCGCCGCACGCGCGGCAUGUGCAGAGCUCUGCGGCAUUGAGCCUUCGGUGAUUGACGACAUCUACCCGUGCACACCGCUGCAAGAGGCGUUGAUGGCCCUGUCGGCAAAGGUCAGCGAGGCCUACGUUGCUCAGCGUGUAGUCGAGCUUCCCAGCGAGAAGGCCGCCUUGAGGUUGAGGGAGGCAUUCCGCAGCGCAUCGCAGACAUCGGCAAUCCUCAGGACUCGCAUCGUGCAGGUGCCCGGACACGGCCUACUCCAAGUCGUGGUCAAGGACGACUUUGACUGCACGGACUUGCCAGGAGGCAGCCUCAAUGCUUAUCUCGAGUUUGACCGCACCAAGCCCGUCGAACUCGGGAAGCCCCUUGUUCGCUAUGGCGUCGUGACAAGCGAGGCGUCUACCGGCAAGUCUCACUUCGCCUUGACCAUGCAUCACGCUCUAUACGACGGGUGGUGCAUGCCUCUGAUCGUGGACCGAGUCAACCGCGCGUACAACAACCUCACUACGGAACGACCCGCCGAAUUCAAGCACUUUAUCAAGUUUCUGGGCGAGGGAGAGGCAGAGAGCUCCGCGACGUACUGGCGCGAGCGUCUCGUAGGUGCCGUCUCUGAGCAGUUCCCGCCGCUGCCGUUCAAGGACUACCAGCAAAAGGCCGACUCUCUGCUCGAGCACUACGUCAAGACGACCCGACCUGCCUCGGGAACCACGAUUGCGACUGUCAUCCGUGGAGCGUGGGCGCUGCUGGUGUCGCAGUACAUGGGCUCGGACGACGUUGUGUUUGGCGAGACGCUAACUGGCCGCAAUGCGCCUGUCGCCGGCGUAGACGAGAUCGAGGGCCCAAUGAUUGCGACGGUGCCUGUAAGAGUCAACGUUGAUCCCGCGACGUCGGUCCGGAGCUACUUGCAAGACAUCCACGAGCAGUCCAUUGCCGCUAUCCCGCACGAGCACUUUGGUCUGCAGCACAUCCGGCGCCUGAGCCCUGACGCUCGCGAGGCAUGCGAGCUGAGGACGGGUCUUGUGCUGCAUCCUAGCACGGACGCCGAAGGCACAUCCGAGGCGACGAAUGAAUCCACCUCGCAGCCUUCCGGGCUGGGCCAUGUUUUCCCGUUUUUGAACAACCAGGAGCAGAAGGAGAACCUCAGCCCGGCCGACGGGUUCGUGCCGGCGGGCGACGACGAGGCCGCCCAGGAGGCACUCAAGUUCAACACCUACGGCCUGAUGCUGGUGUGCUCGCUCGACCCGCAGGGCUUCCUCAUCAUGGCGAGCUUCGACUCCAAGAUGGUGUCGUCGCAGCAGCUCGAGAAGAUGCUUGUCAAGCUCGGUGGUAUGAUCCAAGCUCUUUGCGAGCAGCCCGAUGCUAGCGUGGGCACUCUACGGGUUGUCGAGGAGGACGAGAUCUCGGUGCUCAAGAAGCUCAGCGAGACUGGCGCGGCUAGCUUGGAAGGCUUCAAGCUAGAUCCUGCAGUCGAAGGGAUUACACACACCUGGAUCGUAGACCCGAGUGACACAGAGCGUUUGGUCCCUCCAGGUGCCAUCGGAGAACUGGUAGUUCAGUGUAGCGCAUCACAGCUUGCUGUAGAGGCGGUGCCCCGUCCCAGGUGGCUCGCUGAAGACUCUGCUGGGCAAAUUUUCCGAACCAAACGACUUGCAAAACACGACGAACACGGCAAGGUUGUCCUUGUUGAGCGCUCGGCCCCUACUUCCGCGCCCGCCACGACGGUGCAAAAGAAGAAGAAGCACGUCACAGCCACAUCGGCCAAGCAGCGCAAGCUGCGACACGCGUGGAGCCGCAUCAUCGGCGUUGCAGAGGACGAGAUCAGUCUCGAGGACAGCUUCUUUCAGCUCGGCGGCGACUCGAUUGGCGCCAUGAAGCUGGUCUCUGAGCUUCGGGCCGUGGGGAUCGAGCUUUCCGUCGCCAACAUCUUCAAGCAUCGCACCCUGUACGACAUGGCCGACAUUUGCAAGGAGCGGGACGUCACGCCCGACAAGGCCGAAGAGGUCCAGGCGGCGCCGUUCUCCCUGCUGGCUGCCGAGGACAAGGAGCAGUUUGUGCGAGAGGUAGUUGAGCCGCUCGUAGCGCAGAAGCCGUCCAAGAUCCUCGAUGUCCUGCCCACGCGGCCGCUGCAGCACGUCGCGGUCCGCGGCACAGCCAUGAUGCCGAGGUACUCCUCCCGCUACGAGCUCUUCCACUUCAGGGGCAAUGUCGACACGGGCCGUCUGUUCAGAGCCUGCAGGGAGCUCGUCGCCCGGAACGAGAUCCUCCGGACGGUCUUUGUCGAGCACGGCCGGGACUGCUACGGCGUGGUGCUCGAGCACCUCGAUGUCGCGAUCGAGGAGUACGACAUUGAGGGCAACAUUGACAAGUUUGCCCACAAGCUCUGCAACUUUGACGUGCAGCUCCGCCUGCCCCUGGGCUCCAGCUUCGUCAAGUUCUUCUACGUCCGCGGCGCAGACGACCGGUCUUGUCUCGCCCUGCGCAUCUCGCAUUCGCAGUACGACGAGAUCUGCCUCGUCCCUCUGAUCCGCCAGCUCGGCGCGGUGUACGAGGGCGACGAGAAGAGCGUGAUUCAAUCUCUGCCAUUCUCCAGGUUUGUCUACCACACCAUCAACAACUGCAUCCCGCGCAGCACUCCCUACUGGGCGGACCUCCUCAACGGCGCGAGCCUCAGCGUGCUGCGGCCCAGCAACCUCCCACCCUUGACCAGCAAGAUCCCCGGGGACAUCACCCGGACGGUCGACAUCUCUGCGCGCUCCCGGGACAUCACGACCGCGACGCUGCCCACGGCGGCGUGGGCGCUGUGCCUCGCGCGCCGCCUGGGCGUCCGCGACGUCACCUUCGGCGAGGUGGUCAGCGGGCGCAACACGGACGUGCCGGGCACCGGCCCCGCCGAGGCCGUCAUGGGCCCGACGUGGCAGUACAUCCCCGUGCGGGUGCGGUUCGGCGAGCAGUGGACGGCGUCGGACCUGCUCCGGCACGUGCAGCACCAGCACAUUGCCAGCGCGGAGCACCAGGGGAUGGGCCUGGGCGAGAUUAUCCGCGCGGGGUGCUUCGGCCCGGGGUUUGAGGUUGAUCCGGCCAAGGGCGCCGACGGGCCGGAGAGCGACUACUGGUUCGACACGGUCGUGCACCAGGAUGUGUAUCACGUCGAGGAGAUGUCGUUUGGGAGUGGCAGCAGUGGCAGCAGUGGCAGUGACAAUAACAGUGGCAGCAGCAGCGACAGCAGCAGCAAGGGCAUCGCCUCAUGCCGCCUCGAGACGGUGUACCCGCACUACGAACCCCUGCGCGAGUGGAAGAUCCAGGCGUUUGUCGGCAAGGACGGCGACUCGCUCAUGUUCGAGGUCGUCACGUUUGCCGACUGGCUGCCCGUCGCGCACGAGCUGCUGGACGAGCUGGAGGGGGUCAUGCAGGAGCUGAUUGGGCGCCCUGGGGAGGUGCUGAAGCUGUAAAAUUAGGGAGAAAGGGAUGUGUGUUAGGGAUGGG